CGAAGUGGGAACAAAUCUAAAUCCGGACACCUCUUGCUUCCUCUGCACGUCCUGGCUCUCUGGAUCUUUUCUCAUUCCGUCAGAUGCGCGUGGGCCCAGGGGAUCUGCUUCGACUGUUUGACCUUGAAAGCGGACCAAGUCUGCUGUCGAGGUUUGACGAAUGCGGCGCUUCGUACUAUGCCGGUGAAGAUUGCGCCGAAUGUUUCUGUCAACAGCUUCGAACGGAUCUUCUCGUAUCCUGGGCAUCUCAUGUCGUCACUACGCGCGCGUGGUGCACGCCGGCACCUGAGCGAACGAGACCCGAGCUCCAUGUGCUCGAUAUCCCAUUAUAGAGCUCGUCAUAAGGCUGGCUCGAAGCGAUGGGCGAAGGCUGGCUUCCUUGUCAAACCCACGACUUCUCCGUGUGCGGUUCCGAGCCCGCUUUUCGUGUCCUGGAGAUGUGUUAAGCCAUCCGCAAGCUGCGUUCCUCGUCCUUGAGAUGCUUAGUUUGAUAGGAUCCACUCCGCUGAACGAGGAUAACCGGAUGCGGUCACCAAGUUGCCCCCGGCGACUACACUUACUGGGUGCCCGUGUACGAGCCCUAAAAGCUUAAUUCAGUCCGGACCAAGACGUUCUUUUUCGGGAGUGCCGACUGUUGAAUGUCCACGACGAAGACGGAUACGACAAGAAGCCGCCGCCGAAUCUAUAGAAACUCCUGACCGGCUUCUGGGCAAUACAUACAGUCCAUUUAACAGCCGAGGCCGUAUCUUAUACAUCCACCAUUCCCCUCCCUCGAUGCUUUUGGACCACGUAGCCCUCCCUGCGCAAUCCGUUGCGGGCAACAUUGCCCUAGCUGCAUGUGCCUACGCGUUGUUUGUUGUGGGACACUUCGCUCUCCACCUCCUCUCUUCCUGGGCUCUCCUCCGGCAUGUACCCGGUCCUCCUUCGUCAUCUUUCCUGUGGGGUGAAGAGUGGAACCUGUUCUACAACUCCCCAGGCUCUUACUAUUGCACUUGGCACAAACAAUUCGGCCGGGUGGUCAAGUUCCGUGGAGCCUGUGGGCACCAGAUUCUUUCAAUCACCGACCGGCGAGCCAUCUCGUUCAUUCUCGGUUCUGAAGGGACCUACAAGUUCCCAAAGCCAGACGGAGUCAGAGCCUGGUUCCUCAGAACAUUAGGCGAGCGAACUAAAUCCCUAAAGGAUCUUCCUCUAAUCGACUCUCAGGAGAAGGAAUUUUGCAAGGUCGCCCAUGAGAGACAACGGAGAUCGUUGGCGCCGGCGCUCACCCAGCAGUCUGUGCGCAACUUCACAUCCAUCUUCUACGAAACCUCGGCCAAACUUGCUGUCCAAUGGGGCAAAGUCAUCGACGACAGCGAGUUUUCUGAUGGAGUGGAGAUCGAGGUCACCAACUGGGCAGGGCGCUUCGCACUCGAAACGAUCGCUAGAGCUGCGUUUUCCUAUGAUUUCAAUCUCCUGUCCGGCGAGCCAAGUGCUCUGAUUGAUGCACUGGACGGCCUGACGAAUAACGAAAACAAGGCGUCUUCGUUCUACAUGCGAGCUCUCUUCUGGGUGUUUCCCGGGAUUCUCUCGAUCGGCAAGAAGGGCGAAAUGAUCCGCAAAACGAAGGACGAGUUGGGUACGAUCGCUCGCAAUAUGUGGCAGGACGUCAAGCACGGCGACUCUUCUGCAGAGAAGACGCUGUUAUCUAUGAUGUUGAAGGCGCCUGGGGCGAUGCUGGAAGAGGAAGAAAUUGUUGCUCAGAUGCGGACUAUCCUUUCGGCUGGGUGGGUCCUCUAUGAGCUGGCCAUCAACACCAAAGUUCAGGACGAUCUGCGAAUUGAGUUGUCAUCCCCAGGGGACAUUGACCAACAUUCCCUUCUCGACUUCAUCGUCCUCGAAGCACUAAGAUUGCACCCUCCCAUCCUCGAGAAUCAUCACCAGGCUUCCGAAACCAUUGCAGUGCCUUUAUCUGAAUCGCUUCCUGAAACCUCUUCCUCUGUCCUUGUCAUUCCGAAAGGCACAAUCCUCUUCAUCCCUGUGAAUGUCAUGCAGACCGACCCUGAAAUUUGGGGAGAAGACGCACACCUGUUUCGCCCGUACCGAUUCCAGGAUCGAGCCAUGGAGCGCCAACUUUUUGUAUUUAGCGAGGGGCAUGUUAUUUUCUUCGCAUCAAGCAGAGCGACAUCACUCAUCAUCAGAAUCUCAGACCUCGCGCUUGCAUCGGCAAACGUUUCGCUUUGACUGAAAUCAAAGUUCUGACUGCCACCCUCAUCCGCCAGUUUUCCUUCAGGUGUGCACACGAAAUAGAACCGUUCCAGAGUUUUGUCAUUCGACCGAGAGUCAAAGGGCAGGGCCCAAGCUCGCUUCCGCUCCUCGUUCGUCGCCUGUAGAUCUCGAUGGUGUAGAUGUUUACCGGCCAACCACACGUGAUAUGGGUCGAAGAUCAAGACUUGAAAUAGAACGAUUUCGGAAUGCGUAUUGUUUAUAUGAGGUCUUUUUUUUAGGGGGGGGGGCGCGCCAACAACCACUUAAUUUGUUACAUAUCGCGUCGCGUUCUUUCUGCUACGGUCACGUGUCCGUGAUGUCAAUUGACGGCUUC